GCUAACUCGGGCUGUAUGGGAGGAUAGGGGUUAUCCUGGGUGUAUAUGGAGAUAUUGAGGCUGUACUGGGGUACACGGGCACCCCGGGGGUGUAUGGGGGGCUCACAGGGCACUCCUUGGGGCUGGGUGCCCUGAGGGUGUGUGGAGCUCUCAGAAGAUCCAUGGGAAAACCUGGGAGGGGGUAAUCCCAGAGGAUAUGGGGCACCCACGGGGCCAUGGGUCACCCUGGGGUAGAUGGGGCACCCACGGGGCCAUGGGUCACCCUGGGGUCGAUGGGGCACCCACGGGGCCAUGGGUCACCCUGGGGUAGAUGGGGCCCCCAGGGAGCACUUUGGGGAGCGUGGGGCAGUCGGAGGGUGAAUGGGGCACCCUAAGGACACGUACCCCACUCUUCCUCCGCCCGGGGCUGUGGGGCAGGCAGGGGGGAGGAGGAAGAGAGGUGGAAGAGGAGGAGGAGGAGGGAGGAAGGGGCGGUGAUGCCGGGCGGCUCUGCCUUCCCGCUGCCCCGCGGAGCGCACGGAGGGAGCCGCAGCGGCUGCCCAGGUAGGGGACACGGACGGGGACACGGUCACCCCCCGAGAGGCUGCAGGGCCACCUCGGGGCAGGCGACACCCCUUACCCCGGGCAGAGAACCUCACCCACAAGGUGCGACCCCCAGGUAGGGAACAGGGGACACCCCCAGGUAGGGACCACCCCAGAUUUGGGAUUGGAAACCCCCCCAGGAGGGGACAGGGAGCGCCCCUAUAUGGGACACGGGACCCGAAGUCAUCCUGGGGUGAGACAAGGGCACCAAGAGCCACCCCCACGGAGGGGACCGGGGACCCUCCCAGGGAGGGGAUGGGGGACCCACCGCUCCAUAGGGGACAAGGCAGUGCCAGGUAGGGGACAGGGAGCUGUGAGGCUGCACGGUGGGACACAGGGGAUGCCGGGGUGCUGCAAGGCCACCCCCAGGUGAGGGACAAGAGGGACACCUACUUGGGGUGGGGGAAGAUGGGACACCAAGUUGUGUACCCCCAUCCCUUGUUCCUUGGGCAUCCUCGGAGCAGCCUCUGAGAGGUCCCUGGGGCAGAGUUGAGGUGCAGCCCUAAAGGGCUGUGUCCCAUACCGAUUUUGGGGGUUGUGGGGAUACCCCAUAAGUGGCCCUAUUUCCAUCAAUCCCACCCGAACUUCCAUCCCAGGAGAUUUCAGGGAAACCAGGGGGGUUCCUUUCCAGUGUGGCCUCGGGCACCCCAAACCAGGAUGGAGUUACAUGGAGAGGGGGGACCCCCAUUAAUGCACCCCUCGGGCCGGGGGGAUCAUCUGGGGGGUGCUGCCACGGGGCUGCCGGGAUCCAUCAGCCCCGGCACAAAGAGGAAUGCGAUGAGCACAUGGUUCCUAUUAACCCCGGAGAUUGUUUUUUUUUUUUUUUUUUUUUUUUUGGUAAUGAUUGUUCUUUUCUUUCUCCCCUCAGUUUUCCGCAGUUCUGCUGGGGAGGAGGAAAAGCGGCAGCCCCGGUGGGUGAGGAGCUGGGCGAAGGCACCGGUAGCCAGCGGGGAGGGAGGGAAAGAGGGAGCGAAGUGCUUGGGGUUCUUUUUCCUCUUUAAUCCCUUCCUCUUUAAUCCCUUGAGUCAGAGGCUGAAGUCACCGGCAGGAACAUCGCGAAGCUUUUCGCCCACCUCGGGGAGUCUGUCUGCCCCUGAAAGGAUGUGCUGACCCCCGUGAGUGGGAUUUUGGGGGAGCAGAGCCGCAUGAGACCGGGAACUCAUCACACAGAAUCAACCCCCAGUCUGGCCUUUCCAUGGCUUCAGCCAUGUUGCCAGGGAAAGCAGAGAAGAGAAUCGCUUCAUCCAUUUUCAUCACCCUCGUGCCACCAAGGAGGGACGUGGCCACCAAGGAGAAAACCCAGCUGGAGCCGCAGCCAGAAACCCACCCAGUGGCCCCUGUACCUGGAUCCACACCAGUCUUGCCCCUCUCUGAAGUGGAGCCCUUGUCUGUGGAGCCACUGGGUCUGGCACUGCAGCAACUGGACCUUGCAGCGCCCACCACCCUCCAGGCCCCUUCCACCUUCCCUGCCGAACUGGAGCCACCCACAUUUUCCCAGGAGCAAGCAGGCAAGCGGCAGUGGCAGGAUGUGAAUGGGCACCCGGGGAGGGACAGCUCCAGAGACAUCUGUGCCUUCUGCCACAAAGCGCUGGGGCCCCGGGAGCCGACGGUGGAGGCGAUGCAGAAGCAGUACCACCCUGGCUGCUUCACCUGCCGUACGUGCCACCGGCUCCUGGCUGGGCAGCGCUACUUCCAGAGAGACGGGUGCCCCACGUGUGACACCUGCUUCCAGGCCACGCUGGAGAAAUGUGCCAAGUGCCAGGGGCUGAUCACGGAGCACAUUGUCCAUGCCCUGGGCAAGGGCUACCACCCCAGCUGCUUCUCCUGCGCUGCCUGUGGCCGGGCCAUCGGCACCGAGAGCUUUGCUGUGGACAAACAGGGUGAUGUGUACUGCGUGCCCGACUACUACAGGAAAUACGCCGCGGUGUGCAGCGCCUGCGAGCGCCCCAUUGUCCCCCGCGAGGACGAGGACACCUACAAGAUCGAGUGCCUGGGACGCAGCUUCCACGAGAGCUGCUACCGCUGCGAGAGCUGUAGGAUGCCCCUGUCGCCAGAGCUGACAGAGAACGGGUGCUACCCCCUGGACGACCACCUCCUCUGCAAGUCCUGCCACAUCCACUGGCGCAACGAGUCGUCCUGCUGAGACCCUGCAGCUCAUCAAGCUCUUCCAGUGCCAGGCACCAAAAAGGGGGUGCCCCCAGUGGGAUGUGCCCCAUGGCCAACCCUGGGUGCCUGCUGCGCCCCCAAAUUACUGCAGAACUGGGUUUUCAUCACCAAAAUGUCCCCAGGCCCCUGACCUGGUGGGUUGGUUGGGUGGAGAACUGUAGAUAUGUCCCAGCACAACUCUGCACUCAUCAUGAUUUUAAAAUGCCCUGACGGAGCAGCAAUAAGGACUGGAGGUUUUAUUCCUCAUUUCUUAUUUUAAACUCCUUUUUCCAAAGGCCAGUUUGGUUUUCUUGGGCGGUGUUUCUUUCUUCUCAAGCUUCCUUGGGAUUUCACUGAAAUGUUUCUCUCUGUGGAGAGCUGUGGGCACUGAUUUAGUUACUCGCAGUUAAAUAAAACCCCAAGUUUUUAAACUCUCAUUUCUUUAAUCCACCCUGCAUUCCAAACCUAUAAAAUCCAAGUUUAAAAUAAGGGAAAAAAGCCAGUUUUGGAUUUUCUAGGCGUGGCGAGAGUUGGUCCAUAACAGUUAAUUUUAGGGUGUAACGAUAUGGCAGAUGCUGCUGUCACCCUGGGGAGAGCCGAGUGUUGUUUUUAGGGUGGAUAUGGGAUCUGGCGAUGUUUCAUGGUGUUGAUAAAAGGGUUUUUGGUGUGGUUUGGGGUUUUUUUUGCUGACUAUCUAUCCGGAGCCGGCAGAGGGCAGCCGGAGCACAGAUUCCUCCAUCAGGCAGUAAAACUCCAGCUAAAAGCAUCCCGCAGGGCCGAGACGCUGGGAAAGAUGGACAGCCCGCUUUCUGCAUAUUAUUUAAGAUUAUAUCACUCUGCCAGUGGAAGCUUUCUGAUCUCUCAGUCCAGGCCUCAAACCAGCAGAAAUUAGACCCAUUUCUCGGCGUGCCCAACAUCUGUGCAACUGAUGUUGCCGGCGCUUAGUGGUUUUGUUUGCGAGGGCGUUGCAAACCAGGCGGAGAAACUUCUAACUUUCUUUUUAACCGAAAGUGUUUAAAAAGCCACAAAUCAAGAGCAGAAAAUAGCAUGAGCAUGUUGAGAUGAUGUUUAAUGAUUUCCUGAUGGAAAAUGGGAGCUGCAAACAAAGAAAGCACCAGACCAGCAGCUCUUGGAUCACAUACAUCUCUGGUGUGUGCUCUGUUUGAGUGCAGGGGUUAAUGAUGGUUAAUUUAUCACAUCAAUAACUAUUUCCUGAUGACUCUUCCCUGUCUACAAAGCUGAUUACUCAAUGUUUUUUAAUGAGCAUCUCUGGGCCAUCAAUCAGAUCAUAACUUGCUUUAAGUGUAUUUAUAAAUAAAUUGUGGUCUGUCCCAGACACAUAAGUUGGUGGCUUUGGGUCCAGUUGGGUGGGAACGCCUUGUCCCAUGCCAAGGAAUUCCUGUGCUCCGAGUCACCUCUCACUUUCCAAGGCCUCUUGCACUGUGAGGAAAAUCUGGCAUCAAAAUAAUGCUAAAAAAGUAAAAGGAUGUGGCAGUGGCCAAAGGGAGCAGGAAAAAGAAAGCCCAGAGGGCAAAGGGCUGUUUGCAUUUUGUAAUAUGGAUAUUUUUCCACUCAAGGAUUUUGGGGAGGAUGGAAGUGCAAUGCUGAGCAGUGUUUUGGAUGUGUUAUUGCAAAUUGCACUGCCCUUCCACAGAGGAAUGGUGGGAAGCAGUUGGGUAUUUCCCCCUUGGAGCCCUCCAGGAUGGGCUGUUGGCACUGGGACUGCAGAAUUUUUGGCCAGAGACAGGCAGGGAAAUGCUUUUAUUUACAGGCAGCCUUGGAGGUCUUGGAAAGCAAGGAGAAAGGAAAGGCACUGCUGGAGCAUUUGGCAGCAUGGUGAAGGGAUGUAGCAUGGUCAGAUUUGACGUGGUAUUUCAGGAGCGGAGGGUGACAAGGGACAGGGAUACACGGACACAGGUUAAUGGCAGUCACAUCCCAGCCAGCUCCCUGCAGCGCUGUUCUUCCCCACAGAGCAUUCAGACCUAUUUUCUGCAUGUUCCUUCGACACAACCUAAAAAAAAAUUACAUUUCUUAAAUGAAAAGCAGUCUGAUCUUGCUGAUUCUGGAAAAGGCAAAAAACAGCAGGGAUUAUACAAGGAACAGCCCAAGUGUGGAUUUCUCCAGGUCAUGCAGCACAGGGGUUGAAGCCGCCAUCUCCCGAUCUCCUCACGGCAUGGAAAAUCCCCAAAUGUGCUUAGGGAAAAAAAAAUACACUCAAAAGAAAAAAAAAAAAAAAAAAAAAAAAAAAAAAAAAAAAAGCCCCAAACGCACGAGGAUUGAUUUAUCAUCGGUGCCGGAGUGGUAUGGGAAGAAGCGAUCGCUGCUCGCCUGCUCCCCACAACAGCUCACCCGCCUUUCGCUUAAUUAAAAUCAUAUAUUGGUGUGAUCAGACGUGGUAAUGCCAUUAAAAAAAAAAACAAAUCCCGUAACAUCCACCCACUCGUUGUUGGAGACUGUAGCCAAGAGAUGUAGAUUUUCCUUGGGAGAUUUGGGAAGGAUUAUUUUUUAAUGAAAAAGAGGAAAAAAAUACACCCAGAAAAAAACAAAAACGAACCAAAACAAACAAUGAAAAAGAAACAAAAAGGAAAAAAGCACGACAGAACCAAACCGCAGUAAGUGAAGCUGCAAAUGCAGCCGACUAGUCCGGAUCAGACAAUUCAUUGCACGAAAAAAGGAUAAAUGGAACUGCAAUGGCCGGCUUUGCUGUAGGUCCAGGAGGAGGGAUCAGCUCCUUUAUCCCACCAUCUCGCGCUACGAACACCACCAUUUUUUUCCCUUUCUCUCCUUUUUUUUUUUUUAAAUACGCUUUGUUGGGGCGUUUUGUUUCGAGCCGAGGCGGCUGCACCACCCCCCGAGCCGGGGCUGCCGGAGCCGCUCGGGGGCUUCACUUUUACAGAGAUCUCUUAUUUUUCCCCGGCCUCGUGCAGUCCUCUCCCUUUUAUUACAUGGGUUUGUUUUUUUUCCCCCUCUCCCCUCUGCGGGUAUAAAGGUUUCUCUCCUCUCUCCAGCUUGGCUGCUUGUUCCAGAAGUUUCCACGGGGGCGGGGAGCCCCCACUGCGGCGCCUUUGCCGCAGCGCCGGGCAGGAGGAGGAGGAGGAUGCGGAGGAUGCGCCACCUCUCCCUGGCUGGGAGCCUCAUUCCAAGCCGCUCCCCCUUGCUCCGUUCCCCCAGCCUUGAAAACACAGCACUGGGGAGGUGUUUGCAACUUGGAGGGGUUUUUUUUUUUUGGGGUUGUUUUUUGUUUUUGUUUUUUUCCCCCCUCUAAAUAAAUGGAAAGCAGAGCUGUCGCUGAUGGAGAUGGAUGAGGCAGGGCUGGCAGCGCCGCAGCUCUGCUCCGGCGUGGCCGUGGCACCGAUGGCAUAAGUGACCUUUCCCAGGCGGUGGGAGAGGGGAUUCCCCCCCCGCCCCAGCAUGCUCCUGCUCGGAAUUCAUUUUAAAUAGCAGGAAUAUUAUUUUUUAUUUUCCUUCCCUCCUCCCGUUUCUCCUUCACUGUUUGGUUUUGUUUGUUUUUUGGUUGUUUUUUUUUUUUUUUCUUCCCCGAAGCUUCCUCAUGAUCUUUUAUUUUUUUUCCUGUGUGUGUUUUGAAUUGCAUUUUAAAAUUGCCCAGCUGGAGACAAGGCUUGAUUAGAGCUGGAACAAUAGCUCCCUUUUAUUAAUAACGGGAAGGAUUUACAAUCCUACAGCACCUUCCUUGGAAAGCUUUCCAAACCAUUUGCAAACACUCACAAAUUUCAGAUUGUGCAGCCCUUGGCUGUGAGGUGGUCCCUAAGUGACCUCCUGCAGCGCUGCCUCCACUGCGGUUCCAGCGCAGCCUUGCACUGGAGCACUAAUGUGUGUCCCUGCGAGCCAGAGUGACCUUGCUGGGGGACUGGACCCACCGAGUGAUUCAGCAGAUCCCUACGAACCACGCAGGGAUCCAGGAGUCACCCAGGCAGUGGGAUCUGGCCUUGCCAGAAGCAUGAGGGACAAGGCUCCAGCCAUGUCUGCAUGUGUCACACACGGGCCACACAAACCCACAGUGUUCCUGUGGUUGCUUCUGUCUGCAGAGCAUCAGUGGGUCCCAGGACUUCCCCUUCCCACUGCUUGCUGGUUCACAAAGGCUGAUGCUUCUGGAAAAAGCUCUGCCUUGUGGCCUUUAAAAUAAAUAAAUAAAGCGGC